CAGGAAGCGGACAGGAAGGGGCGGAGCCCACGCAGCCCCGCGCCGCGAGGGAGGGAGCGGCAGCCGGUGGCCGCUGGCAGGGCAAGGGGGAGCGGGUGGCCACGUCGUCCCGGCACGGCCCGACCUGGCUCGGGAGUGCGCGGAGCUGCGGAGACCCUGGGCCGGGUGGGACAACGCCAUGGUCCCCGCCGACGUCCCGUCCGCCCUGGCGCUCAGCGCUGUGGGCCCCGCGGCCGCCACCCCGUACGGUGUCUUCUGCAAGGGGCUCUCCCGGACCCUGCUGGCCUUCUUCGAGCUGGCCUGGCAGCUGCGCAUGAACUUCCCGUACUUCUACAUCGCGGGCUCGGUGAUCCUCAACAUCCGCCUGCAGGUACACAUUUAGGGCCGCGCCUGCCGGGCCGGGCCUCCGGGGGCCCCCGCAAGAUGGCCGCCCCGCGCGCGGCGCCGCCGAGACGCGCGAGAAGAGCGCGCAGACUCGCGGGAGCGCGCUCAGGCGCGACCCGCCCCCGGCCGCCCCUUCCCGGGAUCUGGAGGUGGGGGAAGCUUGCAGAGUCUGUUAGGAGCCGAGACGUUCCAGGAGCGGAGAAGCUGGGACCCGAGGAAGUAUCCGAGGAAUACACGUCCGCAAACCCCUGGGGAAUCUUAGCAUCUGACGGAGGGCACAGGCUGCGUUAUGAGACAGGAACACUAAGUUUCUCCAGAACACAGAUUCACAACAAACUUAGGUUCUGAAUUGAUCUUGGAUCCUUGAGUCAGAGGCCCUUUGCUUGUCGGGAAUGUGAUCUGAAAAGGAUGUAUCUCUUCCUCCCACAAGAGGAUACAUUGAAGCUGGGGGUCAAAGCCGGACUACACGAAAGCUUGUUCCCAGUGCAAACACAACAGCGGGAUUUUGAACAAAUGGUGGCAGAGUGUGGGGAUAUCCCUGUCAGAGAGACAGUUGGAGCCAAAGAAAAGGAAGUUCAGUCGUGGCAGGAAAAUGGACUGUUCUCUCAUAGUCAUGCAAAUGGACCAAAUAUGCCUUUUUCCUUUAAAGGGAGUACUUAAUUCUUGUUACAGAGUAAAAUGCAGAUGUUACAAACCUUGUGAAAAUACAGUUGACAAGUGGGAAGACAAGAAAGUAAAUGGAAUGGCGGAGCCCUUGUGGAGGGGGACAGUACUCUUGAGAGUGACUAGGACGUUUUGUGGAUUAUGGACAACCAUAAAGUUUCUAACUGCUAAACAGACGGGGGUAACCACAUGAAGUAAACAGGAAAUGCCCAAAGAUGGAGUGUUCUGAAUGUCCAAAACAGAGCAAAUACCUGGUGUGUGUGAAUGUAUGCUAGAGAUUUUUCCAAGUCUGGGGUGAGUUAGUACUUACAUUUUAUUUUAAAAUUAAAACUGAAGGCAUAAACCCCAUGAGAAAUAAAAUAUAGUCAUAAAUUAUGCUGCCCUACCUCGUGUGACUGAUACUGUACCUGUAAUAUAAGUACUUGCUUAACAAAUGAUUAUGUAACACUGGGGAACUUGAAGAGGAAAAGGAUGUAAUAUAAUGAUGGAAAGUUCAUCAAGAACUAUUACAGAGGGCUGGAGAUUUGGUUCAGUUGGAGAGUAUUGCCUAGCAUGCACAAGGCUCUGUGUUUGAUCCCCAACACUACAAAAAAGAUCUAAUAUAUUAAAAGCAGCAUAAACUACAAUUAGGAAAACCAAUGCAGAAACACAUAAGAGUUAAAAGAGUUAUUUCUGAAGAAAAGAAAUGAAAAUAGGAAGAGGAAAAGCAAGAGUUUGUUCUUUUUUGUUAUUAAUCUAACACUAUUGUGUGAUUCAUUUUUAACCAUGUAUAUGAUUUUCUUCAAUUAAAAUCUAAUUUAAAAUAUUUCAUUUUAAAAAUUUCCCCAGGUAAUAUCUCCCACAGGUUAAAUGACACAGAAAGCUCAUGGGAUUGAAAUUGUAAAUCAUACAGGACUGUUAGUGCUUGAUACUAUUAAUAUGGAAGUAUUCUGCCUACUCAAGCUUGGAAAUAAUUUCAUUUCUACUUGUGAUUUUCCUUACAUAUAAAUGUAAUUGUAUUCUUUCAAAACUCACGUAAGAUGAAUAUAUACUGUUACAGGCUCGACGUGCAAGCGUAACUGUCUGAGUUAUUUCCUCACCAUGAGCACCUGUGAAGAUGGGGCAUGCUGUUUUAAAACCCCUCUGCUGGAUUUGUCAGCAGAUUGCCAGUUUCCAGGCUUUUCUAGGGAAAUCUCACGGUGCUCAAAGAUAACUGAAAGGAUCCAGUGAGAGCCAGUCAUAAUAGUGCACAUCCGUUAUCCCAGAGGUUAUCAGGUUGAGUUGAGACAUCAUGUGUUCAAGGACAGCCUGGACCACGUGAUGAAAAAUCUGCCCCAAAAAAACAAAAGCAGAAGAAUCCAGUGAUGAACAAAACUUUAGAAGAAAAUUCAAUAUCUCCUCAUUACUGUAAUUCUAGAAAAGCUUGUGAACCUAAAAGCUUCACUUUUGUUAUUGUAUUUUGUUGUUAUUUUUUUUCUUUUUUUAAUUUUUCUUUGGUUUUGUGUUGUUUUUGUUUAACAAGAUUGCUCAGGAAUUUGCUGUGUAGCCUAGGCUAGCUGAGAACUCAUGAUCCCCUGACAUGUGCCAACAGGCUUUACUCUUGCCUAGUGACAUUUUAAAUGUCACAGGAGUCCCAAGGCUGUAUGCCAAAGAUUUCUGUUGCUAAAGUUUUAAUCUAAAUGAGUGCUUGAGGGGAAAAUAGUCAAUGUUUAAUUGAUAAAGAAAUGUACCUGAUGUUUUAAAGUAUCAGAAAAAUUCAACUAUAAUAGGACAGAUAAGAGUGACCACAGAGCGAAAGAGCUGGAGACAUAGUUUAGUCAGUAAAGUACGUUCUGUAAAAGCUUGAAGACCUAAGUUUGAUCCCCAGAAGCUUCAUAAGUAAGCCAGGCUUGGUAGUGUGCCUGCAGUCACAGUGCCAAGGAGAGGCAGAAGUGGGUCCUUGGGGCUCUCUAGCCAGCCAUGCUAGCCUACUUGGCAAGUUCAAGGACAUUGAACGUCACUGUCUUUAACAAUAAGGUGAACAGUGCCUGAAGAAUUAUACUCAGUAUUGAACCUUUAGCUGCCUCCUAGAUCUUCCUACUUGAUAUCCUCCUUUUAUUUAUUUUUUUAGAUCCACUGAGUCCAAUUCAUGUUACCUAUAUAUUCAAGGAUGUUGGGUCAUUCAUCCACAUUCCUAAAGAAAAGUGACAAUAGCUAUCUGCCUAUAGCUCCUCAGCUGGGGAUUGGGCCUUAGGAUUCCCUCUUUAUUCCAUGAUGGAAUCUUUGAACUGGCCUGAUCUUGUGCUGGUCUAAUGUAAUUAAUUGUAGUUCAAGUGUGCAAUCACCAUGUGAUAUCUAAAAGUUUGCACUCUUUCUCAUCCUACCUUUUACAUUCUUUCCUUCUCCUCCAUGUUGAUUUUUUAAACCUAUCUGUCAAGUUGAGGUGGAGAAUAACAGUGAUAUUCUUCUUUUUAUUCAUUUUUGUCUUGUUAUCACUAAUUCAGUGUAAAAAUAGAUUGUAUUAUUUUAUGAUUCUAAUAUCAGCUUCUGUCUUGACUCUAUGCUAUAAUUAAUUUGAGAACUUUAGAAAAAAUAUUAGGCAUGGCAUUACAUACCUGUAAUUCUAGUUAGUACUCAAGAGGCUGAGUCAAGAAGAUUUUGAGUUUGAGCCUAGCUGAAAUUAUGUAGUGAAUAUUGGGCUACCCUGAGCCACAUGAUAAGAACCCAUCUCAAUAUGCAUUUCCUGUGAGCUUCCUCAAAACAUUUUUAUUUCAUUAGUGUGGAGUACACUGACAAAAUUCUGAGAGUUUAUUGAUGUAUGCCUCACAAAACCUGUCAGGCCUACAUGCAAAGGAAUUCUAGUCCCAGGAUUUGGAAAGAGCAAGACAAUCCUAGAUUUCAUGGUAUGGAAAUCAAGAGACCUAGAAGUUACUAAUACUUUAGAAAUACUCUGAAGGCCACCAGAAAAAGAGUCAUCAUUUUUAGGCAUGGUUUAAAAGAGACCAAAACAUGAGACUUAAUGUUUUUUUAAAAAUAAGAAAAUAAGUCCAGUGAUACUCACUGAAGAACAUUUAUGUUCAUAGUUACAUUAAAGAUGUACUCUAUGAAGAAAACAUUGAGAAUUAUAAAAUCAUAUCUAUCAUACUAUUGAGAAAUAAAAAUCCAGCUGAAUAUUUACAUUUUUUAAAGGUCUAUGUAACUAUAGAUAUUAUUUAUAAUCCUGUGAUGAACUACCUUUUAUAUUUCCUUUAAAAUAUCAAACGGUUGAGCUUUGUACGAUGGAGAAAUUGUUACUGUAUAUCUAAGUAUAAUGUGUAUUAUUAUAAAAUGUUUGUAAAGGUAACUUGAUUAAAUUAAUCUUUAUGCUAGAGUUACAAUCAAAAUAAUUAGUCUAAGCAUCUAAUGAUAGCUCUAGUUAAAAUCAGAAUACUUGGCUGGAGAGAUGGCUCAGCUGUUAAGAGCACUUGCUACUCUUACAGAGGACUCAGGUUCUCAUCUAAUAUCACAUAGUGGUUUACAACAAUCUGUAACCCCAGUUGCAGUGGAUCUGAUACCCUCUUCUAGCCUCCAGAGGAACCAAGAAUAAACAUGUUGCACAUACAUGCAGGCAAAUUAAAAAUCAGAAAACAGAUGAUAAUUGAUUUCAUGAUGUACUGGGCUAAAAAACAAAUAGCACUUCUCACCAAGGAAUAGUUAUAAAGUACUUGUGGAAAUCCACUCUGACCUAAUUAAUACAAAACAUAAUGGGAAGUUAAAAAAAAUGUAACAAAUACUUUAUCUCUGAAUGAUCUUAUCACCUUUUCUCACACAUCUCAGUAUUCCAUUUGAAUUACACAGCCUUUUAAGUCACUCCUCUCUCUCUCUCUCUCUCUCUCUCUCUCUCUCUCUCUCUCUCUCUCUCUCUCUCUCUCUCUCUCUGUCUCUCUCUUGUGUGCAUGUGUGAUAUUCCAGUAAAGUGAUUUGAUGAACUUCA